AUGGCUGCCCCUGCAGUCUCGACAACACUGCUUCCAGCCGAUAAGCUCGUCGAGAGUGCUGGUUCAAUCCUCUUCCGACUGUCAACCCGCGAAAUCUGCAUCCUCCACCAUCUCCAGCUGGACCAAUACGUGCUUCCUAAAGGCCGUCGCAAUCUCGACGAGUCUCGUCAGGCUGCUGCGCUUCGCGAAACAACAGAAGAGACUGGACUGCCGUGUUACCUGCUGCCUGUCGAUUUAGUUUGCCGUGUCACUCCCGCCAUCCAGAACGAAGACCUGCCAGACGAACCACGCCUGUUUAAAGGCGCCUGUGAACCGAUUGCUAUGCAACAGAGACGGAUCGGCAAUGUGACAAAGUUGAUCUGGUGGUAUGUGGCUGCUGUCAGCGAGGGCGAGCCGCUCCGUCAACAUGAAGAGCACAAGUUUGAGGUGCACUUCUGCAGCUACGAUGAGGCUGUGCAGAAGUUGACGUUCAAGGAUGACUGUGACCUGGUCAAGAUGGCAAUCCGGCUUGUUGAGGCAACUACAGGUGAUCGGUGA